AUGAAUGCCAGUGGCCCUGGCUAUCCCUUAGCCUCUCUCUACGUGGGAGACCUGCACCCAGAUGUGACUGAAGCCAUGCUGUAUGAGAAGUUCUCCCCUGCUGGGCCCAUCAUGUCCAUCCGGGUGUGCCGGGACGUGGCCACGCGCCGCUCGCUGGGCUACGCCUACAUCAACUUCCAGCAGCCUGUGGAUGCCGAGCGAGCCCUGGACACCAUGAACUUCGAGGUGAUCAAAGGCCGGCCCAUCCGCAUCAUGUGGUCCCAACGGGACCCCGGGCUCAGGAAAUCAGGGGUUGGAAACAUCUUCAUCAAGAACCUGGAUGACUCCAUUGAUAACAAAGCCCUGUAUGACACAUUCUCUACCUUUGGAAACAUCCUGUCAUGCAAGGUGGUUUGUGAUGAAAAUGGAUCCCGUGGCUAUGGCUUUGUCCACUUUGAGACGCAUGAGGCAGCAACUCGGGCCAUUGAGACCAUGAAUGGGAUGUUGCUCAAUGACAGGAAGGUGUUUGUUGGACAUUUCAAAUCCCGCAAAGAGCGCGAGGCAGAGGUUGGGGCCAGGGCAAUAGAAUUCACCAAUGUCUACAUCAAAAACUUUGGGGAUGACAUGGAUGAUGACAGACUGAGGGAAAUAUUCUCCAAGUUUGGAAAGACCUUGAGUGUCAAGGUCAUGAUGGACAGCAGCGGCCGCUCAAAGGGCUUCGGGUUCGUCAACUUUGAGAAGCACGAGGAAGCCCAGAAGGCCGUGGCUGACAUGAACGGGAAGGAGCUCAACGGGCGCGUGCUGUACGUGGGCCGCGCCCAGAAGCGGCUGGAGCGCCAGAGCGAGCUCAAGAGGAAAUUUGAGCAGAUGAAGCAGGAGAGGGUGAACAGGUACCAGGGGGUCAACCUGUAUGUGAAGAACUUGGAUGAUGGAAUAGAUGAUGAGAGGCUGAGGAAGGAGUUCUCCCCCUAUGGCACCAUCACCAGUGCCAAGGUGAUGACAGAGGGUGGCCGCAGCAAAGGCUUUGGGUUUGUAUGUUUUUCCUCCCCAGAGGAGGCCACCAAGGCGGUGACAGAGAUGAACGGGCGCAUUGUCAGCACCAAGCCUCUCUACGUGGCGCUGGCGCAGCGGAAGGAGGAGCGCAAAGCCAUCCUCACCAACCAGUACAUGCAGAGGCUGGCCACCAUGAGGGCCCUGCCUGGCCCUCUCCUGGGCUCUUUCCAGACCCCCCAGGGGUACUUCCUGCCCCCCAUGCCUCAGCCACAAACCAGAGCUGCCUUCUAUGGCCCCAGCCCUGUUGUCCCAGUCCGCCCUGCCACUCGCUGGAGUGCGCAGCCCUCCCGGCCUCCCUCAGUGUACCCUGAAGCCACCCCCAUCCUGAGGGCUGCGGUGCCGCCCCGGCGCCUGCUGUCCAACAUCAGCACCACCAGACAGGCCUCCACCCAGGUGCCCCGAGUGCCCCCCCAGGCCCAGAGAGUGGCCAACAUCGGGACACAGACAGUGAGCACCCGGGUGCCCUCCUCGUCUGCCCUGCCACGGGGAGCCCAGCAGUACAAGUACUCCUCCUCUGCCAGGAACAUGCAGCCCAUGGGGCACAUGCCACCCAUGGUGGCCCCACAGCUGGGAGAACCUGCUGUGCAUGUCCAGGGGCAGGAGCCACUGACAGCAUCCUUGCUUGCAGCAGCCCCCCCUCAGGAGCAGAAGCAAAUGAUAGGCGAGCGCCUCUACCCUCUGAUCCAUGUGAUGCACCCCUCUCUGGCUGGCAAGAUCACUGGGAUGCUGCUGGAGAUUGACAACUCCGAGCUGCUGCUGCUCCUGGAGUCCCCAGACUCCCUGCACUCCAAGAUCGAGGAAGCCGUGACGGUUCUCCAGGCACACCAGAGCACCGAGACAGCCCACAAGGGCCCUGCUGGGGCCUUCCUGCCCUGAUCCAGAUUAUGGGACUGAGAGCAAGCCCUGAGAAUGUGGCUGUUGAAGAACAGGAGCAGGAACCCCACCAUGCUGUUGGAAUCAUGCCCAUACAGUGACCCUGG